AUGGAAGCCAGUGUUGAAUCCACAAAACAUUCAGAAGAGGAGCCGCCAUGGCCGGAACUCCUCGGCGGCAAGAGCUGGGAGGGCCUCCUCAAUCCCCUGAAUCUCUCCCUCCGCCGCCUCAUCCUCCGCUGCGGCGACCUCUGCCAGGCCACCUGCGACGCCUUCAACAACGACCAGAACUCCAAAUACGCCGGCAGCAGCCGCUACGGCAAGAAUUCCUUCUUCAAAAAGGUCAUGUUCGACGCCGCCGCCGCCCGCUACCACGUCCGCUUCUUCCUCUAUGCCACCGCCAAACUCAGCCUCGGCGAGGCCAUCUUCCUCCACUCCCUCUCCCGCAACUCCUGGGACCGCGAGUCCAACUGGAUCGGCUACAUCGCCGCCGCCACCGACGAAGCCAGCGCUGCCUCAGGCCGCCGCGAAAUUUACAUCGUCUGGCGCGGCACGGCCCGGAUGUACGAGUGGAUCGACGUCAUCGGAGACCGGCCCGAACCCGCCGAGGAGCUCCUGCGCCCCAAAUCGUGGGAAAAGAAAGAAUCAAAUUCUUCAAUUAACUCCGAUGACGACGAUGGCGACGGCGACGAUACAGUCCCGAAAGUUAUGAACGGGUGGCUCACGAUCUACGUCUCCGACGAUCCAAAUUCGCCGUUCACGAAAUUAAGCGCGAGAGCUCAAAUCUUGAAAGCAAUCGCAGCCAUGAGAGAUCAAUACAAGUCGGAAAAUCUCAGCAUAAUUCUGACAGGGCACAGCCUCGGCGCCUGUCUGGCAAUCCUGUCGGCGUUGGACCUCACCGAGAACAUCGCCGGCGACAUUCCGGUGACGGCGAUCGUUUUCGGGAGCCCGCAGGUGGGGAAUAACGCGUUCAAGGAGCGAAUCGAGGAGCAUCCCAAUUUGAAGAUUCUGCAGGUGAGGAACAUGAUCGACGUGAUUCCGCUCUACCCCGGCGGAUUGUUGGGAUACGCCGACGUCGGAGUGGAGCUGGUGGUCGACAACAGGAAAUCUCCGAGCUUGAAGGAUUCGAAGAAUCCAGGCGACUGGCACAACUUGCAGGCGCUGCUGCACACGGUAGCGGGGUGGAAUGGGGCGGAGGGGGAGUUUGAGCUGAAAGUGGAGAGGAGCCUGGCGCUGGUGAAUAAGUCCAGCGCCAUUGUUAGGGAUGAGUUUCUGAUUCCGGCGUCGUGGUGGGUGGAGAAGAAUAAAGGAAUGGUGCUGGAUGAGAAUGGGGACUGGGUUUUGACGCCGCCGACGGAGGAGGAUUUUCCGGUGGUGCCGGAAGAAUUAUGA